AUGACUGGGCUGCCCCUCCCGCUGCUGCUGUUUUGGCUCCUGCCCCCCAUUACUGCUAAGAGGAUGCAAACAGUAAGAGGAUGCAAACUGCUGUCCACCCCUUUCCAGAUUCAGAAAAGUUAUUACAGGCCUGGUCAUCUCAAUAUUGGUGGGAAUUUGCCCCUGGCAACGGUGAUUAUACCCAACACCCCACGCUUUCAAAAAUCCCCAACUUUCUUUGAUUUUACAAUGGUAUUUGUACCCAAGAACUAUCAGCAGUUCCUGGCCUUAGUCUUUGCAGUCACAGAGAUCAACAAGGAUUUGGUUCUGUUGCCCAACAUCACACUUGGCUUCAACAUCUAUAGCAAUGUCCAGAUUGAGCUAUCCAUUUUCUCAAACAGCUUCUCCCUGCUCUCCACUCGAAGCAAAAUGAUUCCAGGUUACAAAUGUGACAAGCAGGACCCUCUGGUCUCCGUCAUUGGAGGUCUCAACUCCAAAUCCUCAAGACAGAUGGCCUCCAUCUUCAGCAUCUUCAAGGUCCUACAGCUUCUUGGCUACUUAAAGAAUGUCCACUUCAACAAUAGUGCUGGAGAAGAAGUCUCCUUCUCAGAAAAUGGACUGGGAUCAGCUCAAUAUGAUCUUCUCAAUUGGGUUCUAUGCCCCAAUCGGUCUUUUGUCCCUGUGAAAGUUGGUCGAAUAGAUCCCAGGGCUCCCUCAGGCCAGGAUUUCACCAUUAACUCCAACGCAAUCAUCUGGGCCUCAAAGAAGGUGCCCUUUGCCAGGUGUGGCAUGAAGAGGUGCCAAGCAGGAGAGAGGAGACAUGUCCCAGAGGGCAAGCAAGUUUGCUGCUACCAAUGUGAUCCUUGCCCAGAAGGGACCAUUUCUAACCAGACAGAUGCAAGCCACUGUGACCACUGCCCAGAAGACCAAUAUCCUAAUAAGGACAAGGACCACUGCAUUGCCAAGAAGAUCCACUUCCUUUCCUAUGAAGACACCCUGGGAUACACCUUAGCUUUUCUUGCUCUUUUUCUUUCUGUGAUUACAUCUGUGGUCCUGAUAAUUUUUUUAAAGUAUUGUGACACACCAAUUGUCAAGGCCAACAACCGAGAUCUCACCUACAUCCUCCUGGUCUCCCUCCUGCUCUGUUUCCUCUGUUCCUUCCUCUUCAUUGGUCAACCUGGGAAGCUCACCUGUCUCUUCCGACAAACUGCCUUUGCCAUUCUCUUUUCUCUUGCAGUUUCCUCUGUCUUGGCAAAAACUGUCAUGGUGGUUCUGGCCUUCAUGGCUACCAAACCAGGAAACAAGGCAAGGAAAUUCUUAGGAAAACCACUGACCAAUUGCAUUGUUGUAUCCUGUCCUCUUGUCCAAGCGGUUCUUUGUGCCAUCUGGCUGGGAACCUCUCCCCCAUUUCCCAACAUGGAUUUCCAUUCUUUGGUAAAAGAGACUAUUUUGGCAUGCAAGGAAGGCUCAGCUUCGAUGUUUUAUACUGUCCUUGCCUACUUGGGUUUCCUGGCCUUAGUCAGUUUUACAGUGGCUUUUUUGGCUAGGAAAUUGCCCGACAGCUUUAAUGAAGCCAAGUUCAUUACUUUUAGCAUGCUGGUCUUUUGCAGUGUUUGGAUCACCUUCCUCCCCACCUACCUGAGCACCAAAGGGAAGUCCAUGGUGGCCGUGGAGAUCUUCUCCAUCUUGGCCUCUGGGUCUGGUCUCUUGGUUUGUAUCUUUUUCCCCAAAUGCUAUAUUAUCCUAUUGAGGCCCAAUCUGAAUUGUAGAGAGAAUAUAAUGAGGCACAAGAACCUCUGACUAUGCAAAGAUUGGGAACUUUUGCUAUGAGUUUAGGACAUUUUUGUAUUUGAUGUGAUUUCUUAAAAGUAGAGAAAUGAGCAAGGGCUUUUUAUUUUUAAUAUUUGGAAAUCAAAUGAUGUGACUAAUCACAAAAUAUCUAUUAAUCAGCAAUAAUCACCCACUCUUCCAUUUUUCAUUAAUGACUGUUGUUCCUAGUGAGCCCCCAUAAUCAGCCUAAAAAUAAACUUUGAUAUCAAAGAUGUGGAUAAUAAUUUCCA